UCGAGGCCUGGAGUUGCCCACCCCCGGUCUACAAGGUCUUCCAAAGGGAUUUCCAGCUUAGUUUAAUAAUGACUUUUGGAAACCCCUCUUUGACGUGAGAACAAAGACGAGCAAACUGGUCAUGGAGCCUAUCACAGCUGUCUUAGGGCAACAGGGUUUCAUAUGGGUCCGCACUCAGUCAGGGAAUUCCCUGUUAAAGUUUCAUUUUGAGCAGCAUAAAUAGCCGGUACAGGGACAAAACGAAAGUGUUGACUACACAGCAGUGAAGCAAAGAUGAUGUCCCUCCUCCUGAUUGUUUUUUGUUUAUUCAAAGCUUCCAGUAUUUCAGCCUCGGCUUCAGUCAGUGUACACGGAAACACAACAGCUGAGUACGGCAGUGAUGCGCACUACAGGUGCGCGCUGUCAAACUCCACAGGUGUGCUGCAGGUUACUUGGCAAAGGUUCGUCAAGGGGACAGUGGAGGACAUGGCAACAUACAGCGAGCGCUUUGGAAUAGAAGUAAAAACGCCCUACCGUGGAAAAGUGCUCGUUACGAAAGAGUCUUUCAGCCCUUCGGCGAUCAAACUGACGAAUCUCACAUGGGAGGAUGAGAGUUGUUUAUUCUGCGCCUUUAACACCUUUCCUGGCGGCUCAAAAGGAAGCCAGAUUUGCCUCAAAGUGCAAGGGAUAUCAAAGGUGAACACAAUGCACCACGCAAAGCAAGAUGGAGAAGUUGUGUUUAGCUGCUCCGCCACAGGCAAACCAGCUCCCACCAUAGAGUGGAACCUUUCAGAUGGAGCCACAAUCGCAGAAGAACCACAGACAGUGACAGUAAAAAACAGCGACCACACGUUCAACACCAGCAGCAACAUAACUGUGAAAGUACCUCCCGGUUGGAGUGGACACGCGGCGUGUGUGCUGAACCGUGGAAAAAUUGGAGAGAGGGAAGAGAGGAUCGCUUUCUCCUCCUCUGCAUCGGCGGACGGGGAUGACCAGAGAAGACCGUCUCCGUCAGCGAUCGCACUGAUCUGCAUCACUAUAAUUGUUUGCUGUAUAGCUGUUGCAGUGUAUGUGAUUAAAAGGAGUUCUAGGAAGCACAACCAGAGAGAAGGAUCAUGUUCCAUGCAUGCAUAACCAAUGUUAGACUUUCUAGCUGCCUUUUGCGAUGCAAGCAUUACAAACCCCUUUCCUUUGUGAAUUAAGGUCAAGCAUUGGCAGGUAGCUUCAAACUUUCACAUGCGUGGACCUGUCCAUUGACGUUUCUUAUGAACGGCGCUACUCAGCACUUUAAUGUCAUGGAGCUUUGAGCAAAACAUGUUUCAUCCGACUCUGAAUGUAAAAAAAUUAAAAUACACAAAUAUCAUGGAGAAGAAGCGGUGCAAAGCCACAAGGAUGUGAUAGGAAUAUAGCUUUCGUUUUUUCUGAAUUGCAUGCAGAACAUUUAAGCAGUAAGUGUGUGUGUGUGUGUGUGUGUGUGUGUGUGUGUGUGUGUGUGUGUGUGGAAGUAAGGAAAUACCCCGUAGGCGGUAUUACACUGGGGCUGUGCUGCCAUCUAGUGGUCCUAUCAGGGAAUACAGUGAAGCGCAGACGGAUGCAGGGUCCACAUGGCUCACAUGAGGCAACUCAAGGAAACGUUCCUAGCAAAUCUGAACAAAUACCUCAACAAAAUAAUUUCUAUGUUUAAAUGUUAUGUAGUAAAUGUGUACUUUCAGUUUGGCACUUUUCUGGCAGUUUGCACUCCAGUGUUUGUACUAUUAUUAAAUAUUAUUUUAAGUAAUACAGUGCAGUCAGUAUGCAAAUGUGCUGGCAUUGAGCUUAAAUGCAUUUAAUUUACAUUUAAGCUAGAUGCCAGCUUUAGCUGUGGUGAAAUGAAUGUGAGUUAGUCCCAGUCUUUAUUAUGUGUUAUUAACCUGUGGUGUGGUUAUCCUAAAUGUUUGCACUGAUGUAUCUUUAAUAAUUUAUUUUCAAAUAUUAUUUAUUGUUGAACUAAUUAAAUGUGUCUAA